ACAAAACUUAUUUUCAUAUACAUACACUGCAGAUUAUUAAGAUAACAGAAGAUAAUGGAACAUGUUUUGAUAUUUUAUUCUAUGGCGUUACUCUUGAUAAUUGGGUCGGAUGCUGGGGUUCUUGUGGACAGAGGAAUCCACGAGAAUGGAAUUAGCUUUGAUGAUAAAUACGUUGUCACAUGGGGACAAGAUCAUGUUUUCAAACUCGGUCAAGGACAAGAAAUUCAACUCUCCUUGGAUCAACUUUCAGGCUGCGGGUUCGAAUCAAAGAGCAGCUACGGAUCAGGAUUCUUCCAAACGAGAAUCAAGCUGCCGGAUCAAAAAGAUUCCUCCGGCGUCAUCACAGCUUUCUACUUGACUUCGAAAGGGGAGAAUCAUGACGAGGUUGACUUCGAGUUCUUGGGGAACAGACAAGGGGACCCGAUAACGCUGCAGACAAAUGUGUUCGCAGAUGGCAAAGGAGACAGAGAACAGAGGAUUCUUCUGUGGUUCGAUCCUUCCAAAGACUUUCACUCUUAUUCCAUUGUAUGGAACCCUACCCAAAUCCUGUUUUAUGUGGAUGAGAUCCCCAUAAGGGUGUUCAAGAACAACAAAGACAAAGGAGUAGGCUUCCCGACCAAAGCAAUGCAGGUAGUAGGAAGCCUCUGGAACGGUACUUGGGCCUCAGGGAAGACCCAAAUCAAUUGGGCCUAUGCUCCGUUCUCGGCCCAUUUCCAAAGCUUCGACAUCCCCGGUUGCGCCGUCGACUCAAAUGACGGAAAUGCUCUCGGCACGUGCGGGUCCGCACAGGACUGGUGGAACGCGGGAAAGUACGUCGUGGGGCUGAGCGGGGGCGAGGAGAAGGAGUACCAGAACGUGAGGGCGAAGUACAUGAACUAUGACUACUGCGUUGACCGGUCUAGGUACCCAACUCCCCCGCCUGAAUGCGUUUGACGGAUAAGGGUAAUAUGGUAAUUGUAAUUUAUCGGGAAAUGUAAUGUGGGUGAUGAAUAAUAAUCUUGUGAAAUUUCA